UAUUCCUUGGUGUAGUGGUGGGUGUUCUCAGCCUCAGGAGGAAGUAGAGGCGCAGUGCAGACGAAACACCUUUGUUUACAUGGGUGACGCACCACAACAAACACCUACCAGAUUUUUACACCAAAUACCAAGUUUUUUAAAAGGAGAGUUUCUCGUCUGGUGGUUCUGGAAUCAAUCGCCAGCUGGAGCCACAAGACAGAGGAAGAAGAUGGAGGACGGAUCAUGUCUACGACUAUCUGACUGCCCUGAAAAUUUCGGCUUGAGGCAUCGGAAGCUUCAAGGACCAACAACACAUCUCCAUGGCAAGUUCAGACUCGACCGUACAGACCCGUCCGGUCUCGUCUACGACUCCUUUAACGGAGAAACGCCGCCGACCCGCGAUGGGCGAGACCGACGUCGUCACUUCACGUCGUGUCGUCGGGCGUACAAGCCGAGUGUAUUAGAGGACUUGUAUUUAAGUGCCCUUGUACAGUAAUCCUAUAAAAGUGGUCAUUUAUGUAAAUAUUUGUGUGUCUAAAGUCACGUUCCAUUGGUGUCGGUGGUACGGGACCUCUCAAAACUAUGACCCAGAUUCACAUUUUCCAUCCCAUACCAAAUUUUGAAUGUGUGUUUAUUUAGUUUUUCUCUAGAGUACAGUACAGUAUAUUAAUAACUUGGAGGUUCGUUUUCAAAACAUAAUUUCAUUGUUUAUUUAUUAUGAUACUCUACAAAUACUGUGCUACUUUUUAUACUUGUAUGAUUCAGUUGAGUUAAUUAAACUUUUAUUUGCAUAGUUUUGAAGAAGACUACAGUACAUAGUUUAAAUGUUUACAUAUCAACAGUGCCGUACUUUAUCUUAAGUAAUAUUUUCAGGUACUUUCUCCAUCACUGCCUAAAGUGGACCUGAACUUUUGGACCUGAUGUGAACUAGAAUGAAGUUGGCUGGAUAUAAAGUUAACUGGACCUGCAGCGAAGUGGACCUGAAGCUAACUGGACCUCAAGUAGUCUGUGGUAUUGUAUUUAAUAUUGUUGUGGUACUUUGAAUGUUAGGAAAGUUGUACAGGCAUUCCCCAGUUUGUAAGAGUACUGUGUCUUAUAAAAACCUAUGGUAAAUCGAAUCAAUAUUCCUAUAGACUCACAUUAUAAAAGCCAAGAUACUUUUCUUCAAUGAAAAAAGUUCCCCCUCAAUUAUGUAGUCUCCAAAAAGUAUUGAUAGAUUUUCUAGCGGUAAAAUUUGAAACGCUGGGUGAAAGACUUUGAUGUGAUCUCCAGUGCAUCAGCAUAAAUUGGUACAGGUACAUCCGGUCACUAUAUGAGCAACAGCCAUAGACGGCGGGUAGCGAGAGAGGGAGUCAUCCUCGCGUGACAUACAACCGUACAGUAUAUGCUUUACUAUAACAAGAAAUCCAUUAAGCUAUAUUAAUGUAUGUAUCGUGCUGGGUAGAAGCAAGGCCCCAACCGAGGAUUACAAUAAUAUCAAAAUAUACAUUAAACGGAAGAGUUUCGGAACGUCACGAGCGAGACCGAGACGUACCUCGGGGCAGACAUUUCACCAUUGUGUCGUAGUAACCGUUUCAUUCGUACCGAGUUGCAUAAUAUAGUUGUUGACGACACGUAUGAUUUAUGAGGAGUGAGUAAGCAAAUAGUAGUUGAUAUUAGAGUGAACGGCUACAGCAAUAUACACUUUAUUGGUGUAAAUGGGAUCUGCCAAAUAUUAUUGAUACGUAAAUUGUAUCGGUUUAAUGCCAAAAUAAGAUUUUAAAUCGGCGCGUCGCCGGUCGUUUCGUGUCGGGUAACCCAUCGCGAUGCCCGUGGGUUCACUCGCCCCAGACUGGCAAGUUAUCCGAGCAUUACGUAUGCCCUCGUCGCGAAGGCCAAUAAUAGCACCUCUCGUCCCGUUGUGUCUUUCUAAUAAUUCCUCUGUUCAUUUGAUGUGUGAUCCCAUUAUUGACCGGCACGGCGUUGGCGUCCAUUUACGACACACAAUGCGAAUUUGCAUAAUGCGCGAUCCGAAUCCUCGUAGGAUUUGCAUCUUUCAAAAAUACGUACAGUCGUGCGCCGGUUAACGUCCAACCGAACAACGUCCGAUCGCACAUACGUCCGUGGCCUCUCCAAAAAACACUUCCGUGACGCCUGCCGGACCACCACUCCACGACCCCCCGACGGAGACACGACGAUCCUUCCCGUACUGGCCAGAUAUUAUGUGUUAAAGGAAUAUCCUUCCUUAGGCUUUAGUAAGCAUUUUCCUCCAGG